AUGUUUAAAGUUUUGGUAGUGGUUUUCCUAUAUUUGGCAGAGUGUUGGUUAACUGUGGCAAAUGUGUCCAAUAAGAGGUACACUCAUCACCGCGACGUCUCGGAGUACUGUCGACGUCGAGCACUACCUUCCGUGUUCUUAGGCAGGCAUGUGUUAGAUGCCAAUUCGGAAGUCCUACAUUUUUCUAGACUGGAGUUACCGUACAGCUGUUCUAUUAGUGUUAGAGCUGAGUCUGGAAGUAAUAUAAUCCUGGUUAUUCAAUACGUAUCUGCAAGUACCUUGUUAAGAUCCUGUACGGAGGACAAUCAUCAGCUUAUUGUUUACGAGAUAGGUGAAACCUUUGGCGGCUACUGGGGCCCUCUGCCGGACUCUAUUAUGCGACAAGAGAUGAAAAACUUCACACAAUUUUACACGUUACGUACGACAAAACCAACAACUACUGUCGAUAGCAGUUCUGACAGUGAAGAAGAAUACGAAGCGGAGACGACGUCUGUGACAUCAACGGCAACGGAGAGAAAACUUGUUGAAGGCUCGGAUUAUAUUGAAAUAGAGUUACCGUUAGUUAACGUGUCUGGGAACAUUCCACUCAAUAGACUAGAUGACGUAGAUGAGGUUUUAGAGCUUAUAAACGAUGUCACACCGAGAGAAGGGGCUGAUUAUGACACGAGUAUAUUACCUUUGCUACAGUUUUCUAUGGUAACAUCAGAAGAUUCAACACUCAGUCAAUUUACCAAAGAUAAAUUAAAAUUUGAUUCAGAAUACUAUACUGGAUUUUAUACUCCAGACCCACGACUUAAUUACGAAACAAUUAACCAAAGGAAACAUAGACUGUCCCACAGAUAUAAGAGUUUUUCAAACCGAAGACUUAAUUUUAAGAAAAGGCUAUCAACCUUAUUUUCCAAAGCUAAAUCUACAACAUAUCGUAGGCAGAUCAAUUCUUAUAUAAGUCCAACAACUGAAGAAGAUGAGGUUUCAAUUCAUUUUUCAUCAAAGAAUACAAUAAACGGAUUUUCAAUGCCACCUCCUACAGAAACAAUAAGUAAACCUCAAGAAAUUAUUGACGAAAUAUUGAAAUCUCUAAGUCACACGACAAAAUCUUACCAAAGUCAAAAUUAUCUUGAUCAGAAGAUAUUAGAUUCGCAACAGAAUUCUAGUGAUUCUUAUUAUUUCAAUACAAAGAAAGUUACGGUAAAUGAAAACGAAAACAAAAUAAACAAAAACGUUAUUUACACCUACCCGAUUGAAGCUCCAGAACCGGUGACGCACUCUAUGGUAAGGCAUGAAUCUUGGGAGAAUGUGGUACGUGCCGCCCCUGUCAUGGCCGUCUUUCUAAACCAAACUGAUAUUUACGCAAAUAUAAAAAAUCAAGAUAAAGCUAAUGAAACUGUUAAAGAAGCAAAAACGAGAGAUAUUCAAUUUUCCCGUAAAAAGCGUUACAUCCAACCUUUAGAAAUAAAAAAUGCGAUUCCCCGCGUUAUGACUACGGCUAGAAACUCGUUUACGACAACUAAAAAUGUUGAGGAAUUUGUCGACGUUCAAGACAUAUCUCAUCUCAUAGAACUGACAGACGAUGAGAUACACGGUCGCGUGGCGCUACGCUACAUGAGGAGCUACGUGGGCUCUACGCUGUUCAACAUCUGCGACGCUCGCGACACCAAGGCUCGACAUGUUUACCUCUUCAAUACUUCCAGAAUUGUUAUUGCGAUUAGUAAUUUUACGAUGAAAAAAAUGACAUUGGUGAUGACACCGGCGCGUGUGCUGAAGAGCAAGGAAACGAGCUGCCCUGCGGCGCACGUCGAGUGCCAGGUGUCUGGCGCGCGUGUCUGCAUCGACUCCAUGAGCGCUUGCGACGGCGUGCCCAACUGUGGCGCCUACGAUAUAUACGAUGAGGACCGAUUGCUGUGUGGCGUGGUGUCCAACUUGCACCACAACGUGUACCUCGCCGCGGGCACCUUCCUGGCCGUGCUCCUCACAUUGUUGUACACUGUGCACUACUGGCUGAAGCGCUGCGUGCCCGGUGUCUCUGAGGCAUUCUUCAUCUACACAGAUCGAUCUGAAAACGUUUUAAACCUUGAGACUAUAAUGCAAAGUCCAAAUGAGGACGACGUGGGUUCCAAAAUGGUGUACGGGGCCCACUUCUUUUACGACGAUACGCUAGACAUAUACAAUGAGAAAACAAAAGAAACGGUAUUUAAGAAAAUGUGGAGAUUCUGUUUAUCUUGUUCCUCUAAAAGGUGUUCAAAAAAGAAAGAUAUAAAAGAUGAAAUUUCCUCACAUGAUUCAGAUACACAACAACCUCCGAUGAAGCGAUUAUUUUCCUUCGCAGAAUUAGAACUAAGCAAGAUCUCACCAAAGAUGUAUUAUGACGCAAAAGUUCAAACCGGCGACAGUUUAGAAAUAGAUUAUCUUAAAACGCACAAACUAGAUGACAAUCUGGUUUUAAAUACUGACAAAUACAAAAAGAAUAGUAAAGAAUUAGAAGAAUUGAACAUCUUAAAGUUUUUAAAGGAAUCUAAAUCCGAUUCCAAGUCCCAAAAACACGAACAUGUCAAAGUUGUUACUAGAGGUGAUAUUCAUUAUGAUAAAGUUGAACCAUCGCUUCCAAAACGAUUACGUUUUGAUGAAGAGGCAACGACAAUACCAUCAACGCAUACAGAAGAAGAAAUUGUAGAAGGAGAAGAACAAUCUAAUAAGACUCAAGUCGUACUGGGCACUGAAAAAUUAAGGUGUUCAGAUGAUAUAGAGGAACAAGAAAGUGGGUCUGGUAGAGAAUUUAUGCGUUUCUGGACGAGUGCCAAGGAUAAGAAGUCUAAUAAAAAGAAGAAGCGCGUAGUAUUGCAUUAA